AUGACAAGGGCUGUGCAGCCAAAUAGGCGCCUGUAUCGAAGUUUGCUUCACGAAUCACCGUGUCUACCGUGACUAAAUCCUGCUGCCAGCUACUAUUGCGAGGUCUUUAGUCUUAACUUCUGCCGGAGAUACUAGGAUAAGCUGUCUCUUUGGGAAUUCUAGCUCGUCCUUGUUGAUGAAGUGGAAUUUAACAUUGCCAUGACCUCCAAGCUUGGGGACAGCGAAACGCCUUCUCGGAGUCGAGGUAAAACCACCCUCCCCAAUCUCCUGAACCGUGAGCUAUUCUGGCGAGAUCACUAUGAAUGGUUGAAAGAACAAGGGUAUCUUCUUCGCCCUCGAUAUCGUCCAGACUGGGUUCCUUCCUGGAGUAAUGCGUCAGAUACCAUGAGGUUUGAUCAUGAAGAUAGCUAUCAUAACCGAGGUAGCAUAUUGGAUGCAACUAGGAUGUCUGACAAUGAAACAGUAGUACUCAAAAAGAUAUCCACCCAAGUUCAUCCGUUCGAGGCCGAAAUAACCAAGUCUUUUUCCACCGAGCCGAUUUCUUCCCAUCCGAGAAACCGUUGUAUCCCUCUUCUCGAUGUCAUCUCGGUCCCUGACAUUGAGGACACGGUUCUCCUCAUUCUUCCGCUUCUUCGCUCGUACGAUGAUCCUCGCUUUAAGUCUGUUGGUGAAGCGGUAGCAUUCUUCACGCAAAUCUUUGAGGGCCUACAGUUCAUCCAUCAAUGUCACAUUGCGCAUAGAGACUGCAUGAAUCUUAAUAUCAUGAUGGACCCUAAACCAAUAUUCCCGAAGUUGUAUCAUCCUGCUGCUAACCGUCGAACAAAAGAUUUCUCAGGGCGUGCUAAGUACUAUACACGCACAGUUCGUCCAGUGAAGUACUACUUCAUCGACUUUGGGAUUUCUCGCCAGUACUCCCCAGAUGAUGUACACCCUCUGGAAGACCCGAUUCUGGGUGGAGAUAAGACGGUUCCUGAAUUCCAGAACUCGAACGCGCCUUGUGACCCGUUCGCAACGAACAUCUAUUACCUGGGGAACCUGAUCAGGGAAGACUUCUUCGAGAGAACAAAAGGCCUCGAUUUCAUGGAACCUCUUGUCGCCGAUAUGGUACAAGAUGACCCUUCCAAGCGCCCCAAGAUUGAUGAAGUAGUCAAACGCUUUGAGAAAAUAUGUUGUUCGCUCCAUUGGUGGACUCUACGUUCUCGCUUGGUUGAAAGGGAGGAAGAUGACUCUGCGUUUGGUCCCAGUAUCAGGGCAAUUCAUCACUUCUUCCGGACCACGACUCACGUUCUGACAUUCAAACGCGCAAUUCCUACUCCUCGUCAUUGAUACUCCUUCUGGAUGGACUCAUCCUUUUCAUAUUGGCCCGGUGUUUUGUAAUGCUGCUAUUAUCGCUUCUAUACCCCAGCUCAUGUCCUAACCUGUUGCUUUUCUCAGCUACCCUUAUAUGCUCACUGUUUUUGGAAAAGCAUGAUGCAAGUACCCUGGUACCCUCUGUAUAAAUUGUCUUCACACGCAAUGUUCUCCGUUCCCCCGGCUUAGAGAAGGGACCUUUCUCAAGACAAUGUGCGAACAGUCCGAUAAUAUCUCCAAAUCAGGCCUAACUCUGCACAGUACAAGCCAGUGUCAUUCCAAGGC